ACACAUAUUGCUUGUAUUAGGGUUAAUAACAAUUUUGUACAUCAUGGACAUUUGGUUAUCGUUAAAAAUUUAAAAGAAGUAUGUGUUUAUAGACGUAUUAAAAUUCUGUUAGUUUCAGAUAAGUAAUAAUACUGAAAAUGGAUUCCUCAGCUGAUAAGAAAUUACAAAAAGUGCCUAAAGUGGCAAAGGUUAAAAAUAAAACCCCAGCAGAAAUUCAGAUAACAGCAGAACAGUUAUUACGAGAAGCAAAAGAACGUGACUUAGAAAUUGUUCCACCACCACCAAAACAGAAGAUCUCUGAUCCAGAUGAAUUGGCUGAGUAUCAGUUAAGAAAACGAAAAGCCUUUGAAGACAGUAUCCGAAAAAAUCGUGCAGUUAUUUCAAAUUGGAUCAAAUAUGCCCAAUGGGAGGAGAGUCAGAAAGAAAUUCAAAGGGCUCGCUCAGUUUACGAAAGAGCACUGGACGUGGACCACAGAAACGUUACCUUGUGGCUGAAGUAUGCUGAAAUGGAAAUGAGACAUCGACAGAUCAACCAUGCCAGGAAUUUGUGGGACAGAGCAGUGUCCAUCCUGCCACGAGUCAACCAGUUCUGGUACAAGUACAGCUACAUGGAAGAAAUGCUGGGUAACAUCCCUGGAACUCGACAAAUAUUUGAACGUUGGAUGGAGUGGGAACCAGAUGAGCAGCCAUGGCUUACAUACAUCAAGUUUGAGCUACGCUACAAGGAAUUAGAAAGAGCAAGAAACAUCUAUGAAAGAUUUGUGAUAGUCCAUCCAGAAAUAAAAAACUGGGUCCGAUAUGCCAGAUUUGAAGAACAGAAUGGAUACAUCUCCAAUGCUAGGAAAGUGUAUGAAAGAUCUGUAGAGUUCUAUGGUGAAGAAUACAUGGAUGAAAAACUAUUUGUUGCAUUUGCAAAGUUUGAAGAAAACCAGAGAGAGCAUGACAGGGUGCGGGUUAUUUACAAAUAUGCCCUUGAUCACAUUCCAAAAGAGAAAGCUCAAGAACUCUUUAAGAAUUACACAAUCCAUGAAAAGAAAUAUGGUGAUCGAGCUGGUAUAGAAGAUGUUAUAGUGAGCAAGAGAAGAUUUCAGUAUGAAGAGGAAGUAAAGAGUAAUCCUCACAACUAUGAUGCCUGGUUUGAUUAUCUCAGACUGAUGGAAAGUGAAGGGAACAUCGAUGUCACGAGGGAAGUGUAUGAAAGAUCUAUUGCGAAUGUUCCUCCAUCAAAGGAAAAGAGAUACUGGAGACGAUACAUAUACUUGUGGAUCAACUAUGCUCUAUAUGAGGAACUAGAAGUUGGUGAUAUGGAUCAGACUCGACAGGUCUACCAGGCAUGCAUACAGCUGAUUCCACAUAAAGUUUUUACAUUUGCUAAAAUAUGGCUUCUUGCAGCACAGUUUGAAAUCAGACAAAAGAAUCUUACUGCUGCUCGAAAACUGCUGGGAAGAGCCAUCGGAAUGAGUCCUAAGGAUAAGCUGUUUCGCGGGUACAUUGAUUUAGAAAUUCAGCUGAGAGAGUUUGAUCGAUGUAGAAUUCUGUAUCAAAAAUACCUUGAGUUUUCUCCUGAGAACUGCUCAACAUGGUUGAAGUUUGCUGAACUGGAAACAAUUCUAGGAGACAUUGCUAGAGCCCGAGCUAUUUAUGAGAUAGCUAUCAAUCAGCCGAGACUUGAUAUGCCUGAAGUGAUCUGGAAAGGUUACAUUGAUUUUGAGAUUGAACAGGAAGAGUUUGAGAAUGCUAGGCAACUGUACGAGAGACUGCUAGAAAGAACUCAACAUGUAAAAGUCUGGAUUAGCUUUGCCAAGUUUGAACAGUCCUAUAAUUCAACUGAACAAGCUCGACACGUUUAUGAUAAAGCAAACAAAGCCCUUCAACAUUCUGAAGAAAAGGAGGAACGAUUGAUGUUACUGGAAGCUUGGAAAGAUUUUGAGGAAACAUAUGGAGAUGACUUAUCUAGAGAAAAAGUUGAGAAACAGUUGCCAAAGAAAGUUAAGAAAAGAAGAAAGAUCCAGACCGAAACAGGAGCUGAUGGAGGAUGGGAAGAAUAUUAUGAUUACAUCUUCCCUACAAACGAAGCAGCACAACCUCACCUGCGCCUUCUUGAAAUGGCAAAGAAGUGGAAGCAGAAGAACGAAACUUCAGAAGCUGUACCUGUGUCGUGUGACUCUUAAUGUACCCUCAGUGCUUCAGCUCUGUCUGACCGCUGCUGGAAUCUUUCAUGUAUAUAUCCCUUAUUCAAAACUCGUGUAAUGUACAGAAGUUAUAUUAAUAAAUGUCUCAAAAUAAUUUUAUACUUCAUCAUCCACAAAA